AUUUCAUUUAAUUAAUUUCAAAAAAAAAAAAAAACGGAGUCUUGUGAAAUUGAGCGUCGUCGUCGUCCUUAGCCUUAGCCAGAUCUGCAUCUUUUUCGCUGGCGUCGUCGAGAUCUCUGUCGUAUUGAAGAAGCUAUUCAAUCUUUCUUCACCAUCCGUUGCAAGAAUCACAAUGGAUGGAAGUGGUGGUGACAGUGGUUCGAUGGCUACACCUGUACAAAAGAAGGUACAUGAGGCAUGGAGGGUUUACCAAUAUUAUCUGGACAAGACUACUCCUCAUUCAACUAACAGGUGGAUCGGAACACUUGUCGUCUUUCUUAUCUACUGUUUGAGGGUUUACUCCAUUCAGGGAUUCUAUAUCAUCUCCUAUGGUCUUGGAAUCUACCUCCUGAAUCUGCUUAUCGGGUUCUUGUCCCCUCUUGUUGAUCCUGAGCUCGAAGUCACUGAUGGAGCUACUCUCCCUACUCGAGGUUCUGAUGAGUUCAAGCCAUUUAUCCGUCGACUGCCAGAGUUUAAAUUCUGGUACUCCAUGACUAAGGCAUUCUGCAUAGCAUUUCUCAUGACAUUCUUCUCGGUCUUUGACGUUCCUGUCUUCUGGCCUAUAUUGCUUUGCUACUGGGUUGUUCUCUUUGUCCUCACCAUGAGACGCCAAAUCGCCCACAUGAUCAAGCACAAGUACAUUCCUUUCAGCAUCGGAAAACAGAAAUAUAGUGGCCGGAGAUCUUCUGCGAGCAGCAGCGGCGGCUCUCGUGCUGAUUGAUUUCGAUUGUCAGCCACAUUUUCUGCAGAAGAAAGAAAAAGGAUAGGUUUUAAACCACUUUGGAAUGUUUUGUAGUGAUGGUUUUAAUCAAAUUGCUAGAAUUGUUAUGCAGCUACAAGGAAGAAGAAGGGAAAAAAAAAAAUGGUGAUUAGUUUAAAUUUGUUUCUUCUAUGUUGCAGAAAAAUUGUUCUUUGUUCGUUCCCUUUUAAACCCAAGUACCCUCUUCUGUAAAUAUGAUUUAUUUUUAUUUUACAACACAUUCAUUCUUUUUUUCUUU